GGGAGGAGCUGUCAGAACAUUUGCGGAAGUGAAGCUGAAAUCAUGUGAUCGGGCAGGCAGCUGCAGAAAUGCUACCCAGCUAUGGAUGAACUUUCCCGGACACGGUGACAAACAUCAUCCACGGCGAGCACGGUAACAGCUCCGUUAGACAUUUUUACACUUAAACUAAUGUUUGUAAUCUCUACCAUAUCACCAUGACGACUGUGAGCGGACACACAGUCACGUGAGACAGGUAGCGGUGAAGCUAACCUUAAACCAGCUGAGGCUAACAUUCAGACUGUGAGGUUCAGACUGGACGACAGAUGGACGAGAUUAAAGUGUCUCCUGACUAUAACUGGUUCAGAAGCACAGUGCCUCUGAAGAGAAUCAUCGUGGAUGAUGAUGACAGCAAGGUGUGGUCUCUGUAUGAUGCUGGCCCAAAGAGCAUCAGGUGCCCCAUCAUCCUGCUCCCCCCUGUGAGCGGGACAGCUGAGGUGUUCUUCCAGCAGGUUUUAGCUCUGACGGGGUGGGGCUACAGGGUCAUCUCGCUGCAGUACCCAGUCUACUGGGACCUGAUGGAGUUCUGUGACGGCUUCAGGAAGCUUCUGGAUCACCUGCAGCUGGACAAGGUGCACCUGUUUGGGGCUUCUCUGGGUGGAUUCUUGGCUCAGAAGUUUGCAGAGUGCACGCACAAAUCUCCCAGAGUUCACUCUCUAAUCCUGUGUAACUCGUUCAGUGACACCUCCAUCUUUAACCAGACCUGGACGGCUAACAGUUUCUGGUUGAUGCCUGCAUUUAUGUUGAAGAAGAUUGUUCUGGGGAACUUUGCUAAAGGACCUGUGGACUCCAAGAUGGCCGAUGCAAUCGACUUCAUGGUGGACAGGUUGGAGAGCCUGAACCAAAGUGAGUUAGCGUCGCGGCUAACGCUGAACUGCCAGAACUCGUACGUGGAGCCGCACAAAAUCAAAGAUGUGGCUGUGACCAUUAUAGAUGUGUUUGAUCAGAGCGCGCUGUCCCUAGAGGCCAAGGAGGAGAUGUACAAGCUAUAUCCUAACGCCAGGAGGGCCCAUCUGAAGACAGGUGGAAACUUCCCAUACCUGUGCAGAAGCGCUGAGGUCAACCUCUACAUACAGAUCCACCUGCGUCAGUUCCACGGGACAAGGUUUGCUGCCAUCAGUCCGGACAUGGUGACAGCAGAGGAGCUGGAGGUGCAGGCUGCAAACCUGAGCGAGGACCAAUGAGACGCUGUUUACCCGUGGAGUAUCCUGUGAACAUUUCCUACAGUCUGUCUGCUCCUGAAUGCAUCAUUUCAAACAGGAGGAGGAACCAAUCAGCAGAGAGUAUUUUUCUUUGCAAGAUGAAGCAAUAUUUUGAUAAGGAUGUGCUUUAACACCAUGUGACACUCUGCCUUAUGUGAAUGAAUCUGAUUACUGUGCACUCAUUUACCUGCCUGAACUGUUUCUAUGUUUGUGUUGUAUAAACAGGUGAUUACACCUGCACACCUCUGUUAUUCUGUUCCAAUUAAUCCAUGUUGUCUGGAUCACUUCAGUGUUUACUUUCUCAUGCUGUGUCAGUGUGUGACAGCAGAACCCCACGCUGUGUAAAAAAAACCUUUAAACAUGGCUUCAGUUUUUACUAACAAAGUCAAACUUUGGUUUCAAUUUGUCUGGAUGUUUGUAUUUUUUAUGUUUCUACAGAUAAAACUGCAGCAGCUCCUCCUGCAGCUGAAACUCUUCUUCUGUUUCUGAAUAAAUGAAAUUAUGUGAUGUGCCUUCUAUAACA